UUUCUGCUUUUUUUCAUUUUGCCCCUUUGUUUUGAAUCAGAAAGCGGGCAGAAUUUCCUGCAGGAAUAUGGAAGCAGUUCAUUACUUCAGACUGAAAUGGAUCCAUGAAAACAUUCACAAAUUGUAAUGCUAUCAACUGUAGUCAACAGAAAAAAUGGAAGCUCCCCAGAGUUUAAUCGGAAAAUUAUACACUUCCUAUUCCGACGGCUUACACUUUGCGAAACCAAUUUCCGCCUUACGAACUAACGAAUUUGAUUUAGUGCGAAAUGUGCUGCAAAUAUUACAAGGGUUUUCGAGUACAAUGUUGUAUUGGGAUGAAUUAGGGCAUAGUUUUCGUGUUCGGAGUGGGAUAUAUGUUAGCCAUCUUUCGCAUACUAGUCUUUAUCAUGUUCUCAAUCAGUUCACUUAUGCAGCAACAUGUUUAAAGAUGGUAGAAAGUAGAAUUCACAAGGUUGAGAAAUCUGUGCCUUCUCCACCACCCACAUUGAGGGCAUUUUGUUGCUCUAUCUCCACUUGGCUAACAUGGUUGAGAAAUGGUGCGUUGAAAGAGGAGAUGAAGGUGGUCGACGCAUGUAGUUUAACUACUCCAACCCUCUUGGGAUUGUCAAGUUCUUUAUCAAGUUUGUGUGCAGGAGCUGAAUUUUUGUUUCAACUUGUGCAAGGGGCCAUUCCACAAGCUUAUGAUGAACCUGAUUCUUCUAUCUCUGCCACAGCGAUUGCUGUGCAUAUUCUCAAUUAUUUAUAUAAGAAGCUGACUGAAGUUUGUCUUGUGCAAGGUGGCGAGGAGGAUGCUUACCGGAUGAUAUUACAUGCAUUUGUUAGUAGUCUUUUGCCAUACAUUGAGGGCCUUGAUUCAUGGCUUUAUGAAGGAAUUCUGGACGAUCCAUUUGAGGAGAUGUUCUUUUGUGCUAACAAACGAAUUGCAGUUGAGGAGUCUGAGUUUUGGGAUAAGAGCUAUCUGCUGAGAUCUGCAAAAUUGAAUACUGGUCGUGUCACUGAUUCUUUGCUUUCAAUAAAGCGGACAAACGAUGUGAGUAGAAAAGAGCCUAAUGAUGUGUCUGGUUUGGCCAAAGAAAAAGAGGCAAAUGAGAGAGAUUUGGAUGUGUGUCCUCUGUUUAUCAAAGAGAUAGCCAGGGAUAUUAUCUCUGCUGGAAAGUCAUUGCAGCUUGUACAACAUACUCCUAUGACAUCCUCAGUAUCUGCCAGUGGCCGUAUUGCUGGGUUAAGCUUGUCAGAGAUCUUUUGUGUCACUUUAUCGGCUCUUAUUGGCUAUGGGGAUCACAUAUCUGGAUAUUUUUUCCAGGAAAAGAAAAUUGUUCCAUUAGUUAAAUCAUUUAUUGGAAGGCAAAAAGUAGAAAGAAGUAACAAGAGCUUCCAAGAGAUGACAUGCUCAGAUAAAGAAUGGUGUAAGUUCUUGGUUGAUACCAUGGCUCAGAAAGGAAAAGCUGAUCUCCUUUCAUGUCAUUCUCUUGGAGAGGAAGUAGAUAGCUUUGUUGUGAAAGGAGAUAAGCUAGCUUCAGAUGGAAAUGAUAUUCUAUCCUUAGGAUUCCGUCCUGAAAAUCCAGCUAUAACUACUAGCCAAAAUUUUCUUCGUGCAAAUAGGGAUGCUUGGGGUCCAUUGAAUUUAUCUAGAGAGUUUUACCUACCCCCUCUUAAUGAUGAGGGAUUAAGGCAGGCAAUAUUCGAUGGAAGUGCUGGAUCAUUCGUGGCAACCAAAAGUACAAACUAUACCUUCGGUUUUCAGUUUGGUGAAUCUGAACGUGAUCGAUUGAAGGAAGAUGUUAAUUUUCUGGAGGAGUUGUUCCCCUUUCCAACUCUUCUUCCUCCUUUUCAGGAGGAUGGUCAUGUAUCAGAGGUGUUUCCUUUUCAGGAAAAUAGCACACUUCCUUCAAGGACCUUAAACUGGAUUGGGAAGGUUGAACCCAGGAAUACUCCGUUGCCUACGGUUAUUCUUCAAGAAUGCCUUAUUAUCUUCAUAAAAAAACAGGCUGAUUGUAUUGGCAGGAAUAUUUUGUCAAAAUUACUAUCUGAAUGGAGACUGCUAGAAGAGCUGGAAGUGCUGCGUGCUAUAUACUUGUUAGGCUCAGGUGAUCUACUGCAGCACUUCUUGACAGUGGUUUUUAAUAAACUAGACAAAGGAGAAAGCUUGGAUGAUGAUUUUGAACUAAACACAACACUGCAGGAAUCAAUCCGAUACUCUGCUGAUGCCACACUAUUAAGCACACCCGAUUCAUUAGUUGUGUCAGUAACAAGAAAUAAUGCCACUAUCGAGGAUUACCAGCAUGGUGUGCCUCUUCCAACUUUGACACCUCGCAAGAGUCGAGGGCAAAACUUUGGCAUUGAUGGUCUGGAUUCACUAAUGUUUACAUACAAGGUUCCUUGGCCCCUUGAGCUUAUUGCUAAUACAGAAGCAAUAAAGAAGUAUAAUCAGGUUAUGAGGUUCUUACUGAAGGUUAGACGUGCAAAAUUUGUUCUUGAUAAAGCUCGGAGGUGGAUGUGGAAGGACAGAAGCUCCGCUCCUAUUAACCGCAAGCAUCAUUGGUUACUGGAACAAAAACUGCUACAUUUUGUGGAUGCCUUCCACCAUUAUGUGAUGGACAGGGUGUAUCACAGUGCAUGGGAUGAAUUCUGUGAAGGUUUGGCUGCAGCGAGAUCCUUGGAUGAAGUCAUCGAAAUACACGAGGCUUACUUGAUGUCUAUUCAAAGGCAGUGCUUCGCUGUUCCAGAAAAACUGUGGGCAUUGAUUGCUAGCCGUAUCAACAGUAUUCUUGGAUUAGCUCUGGAUUUCUAUUCAGUACAGCAAACUCUUAGCUGUGGAGGGGCAGUUUCAGCUAUCAAGGCAAGGUGUGAAAUGGAAAUCAAUAGGAUCGAGAAGCAGUUUGAUGACUGCAUAGUUUUCCUCAUGAGAAUUUUAUCUUUCAAGCUCAACGUGGGACAGUUUCCGCAUUUGGCAGAUCUGGUUACCAGAAUCAAUUACAACCAUUUCUAUAUGUCACAUAAUGGAAGUUUGAUAAAUGCACCUGGCUCUAAUGCGGUCCCUUCCAAAUCAGGAAAGUUGUUUGCAGGCCAAAGAGAUUGAAAGAAAACUUGAAGGGACAAUGUUGUCGUUUUUUCUUUUUCGAUGUACAGUAUUUAUAGUGAAAAGCCUCUUCUUGCAUUUAUCAAUUGAGAGAAUAUUCUACUGGUUGGGAUGAAGCAAUUGUAGGGAAACUGUUGAGAAUGCUGUUGCAUCAAAUAUCUGUUGUAGCUUUAUAUAAUACAUGUAGAGGUCUUACUUUUUUCCUUA